UUUCUGAAGCCCCUAAAGUUUAGAGUGAGGUUUGAGAGUUUAGAGAGAGAGAGAGAGAGAGAGGGUACGACGCUCUUUUGUAUAUGUCCUAAGGUCCAAUUAACUAACACAAAGGAAAAAGAGAGAGAGAAAAUGCAGUCGCACUCUCUUUCUCUUUAUAUCAGCUUUUCUACUUCUCCUUUGAGUAACGGUUUUAAUGGCUACUGUAGAGGAGCCUCAUUUCAUCGUUUUGCUCGUUCUCCUCUCCCUUCAAUUAAAUGCUCUGCAACCUCGACAGCAUCAGUUGAUGCUGCAAAGUUCAUUGAAGCUUCAAAGAAAGGAAACCUUGUUCCUCUCUAUCGCUGCAUAUUCUCCGAUCACCUGACGCCAGUGCUAGCCUAUCGUUGCCUUGUAAAGGAAGAUGACAGAGAAGCUCCCAGCUUUCUUUUUGAAUCGGUGGAGCAGGGAUACCGGGGUACCAAUGUUGGACGGUAUAGUAUUGUUGGAGCCCAGCCAACGGUGGAGAUUGUGGCGACAGAGAAUUUUGUAACCAUAAUGGAUCAUGAAAAAGGCAGUAGAAAAGAAGAAUUCGUUGAAGACCCAAUGGAUGUACCUCAAAGAAUUAUGGAGAAUUGGAACCCGCAACUUAUUGAUGAGCUUCCUGAUGCUUUUGUCGGUGGAUGGGUCGGAUUCUUUUCAUAUGAUACUGUUCGUUACGUGGAGAGGAAGAAACUGCCAUUUUCUAGUGCUCCAGUGGAUGACAGAAACCUUCCUGAUGUUCAUUUGGGACUCUAUGAUGAUGUUAUAGUCUUUGAUCAUGUGGAGAAGAAAGUAUAUGUUAUCCACUGGGUGCACUUGGAUCGGCAUUCUUCAAUCGAGGAUGCUUAUGAGAAUGGAAUGAACUGCUUGGAAAUAUUAAUAUCAAGGGUACAUGAUAUUGACACCCCAAGGCUAUCCUCAGGAUCUAUAAAGCUGUGCACUCAACUUUUUGGUGAAUCAUUGAAGAAUUCUUCCAUGACAAGUGAAGCGUACAAGCAGGCUGUAAUUCAGGCAAAAGAACACAUUCUAGCUGGCGAUAUUUUUCAGAUUGUGCUGAGCCAGCGUUUUGAGCGACGAACUUUUGCUGACCCAUUUGAAGUGUAUAGAGCAUUGAGAGUUGUGAACCCAAGCCCGUACAUGACUUAUUUACAAGCCCGGGGAUGCAUACUAGUUGCUUCUAGUCCUGAAAUACUUAUUCGUAAGAAGAAGAACAUGAUAAUCAAUCGACCUCUUGCUGGGACAAUCAGAAGGGGAAAGACGGCAAAGGAAGAUAUGAUGCUGGAGAAGGAGCUUCUGAAUGAUGAAAAGCAGCGUGCUGAACACAUAAUGCUUGUCGAUUUGGGACGAAAUGAUGUUGGAAAGGUAUCAAAGCCUGGUUCUGUGAAGGUCGAGAAGCUCAUGGGUAUUGAAAGAUACUCCCAUGUGAUGCACAUCAGCUCCACAGUCACUGGGGAGUUAAUGGAUCAUCUCAGCUGUUGGGAUGCGUUGAGUGCCACCUUGCCUGUUGGAACAGUGAGCGGGGCGCCCAAGGUGAGAGCCAUGGAACUGAUCGACGAGCUCGAAGUCAUCCGACGUGGUCCCUACAGUGGAGGCUUCGGAGGCAUAUCAUUCUCGGGAGACUUGGAUAUUGCCUUAGCCCUUCGAACCAUAGUCUUUCCAAUGGGCAAACACUAUGAUACAAUGUAUUCCUAUAAAGAUGCAAGUAGGAGGAGAGAAUGGGUAGCCCACCUUCAAGCUGGUGCAGGAAUAGUGGCUGAUAGUAAACCAGAUGAUGAGCAAAGAGAAUGUGAAAACAAAGCAGCAGGUCUGGCUCGAGCCAUUGAUCUUGCUGAGUCGGCCUUUGUCAAUAAGUGAGAGAAAUAUGCAUAUCCAAAUGAAGUGAGAGGAAGUGUUAGUGAGAGAAAGUGUUGGUUUUAUGUGAGGGUGGUUGGGUUGUGGAAAUAUGGAAAAUUUAGGAAAAUUUUUCUGUUUUUUUUUUUUUGCUUAAUGUGGUGGUUCGUUUUUUUGUUGAAUUUUGUUCUAUAUUUUUUUUUUGGGUCUGUUGGUGUUUUGGUUAGUGGGGAUGUGUUGCUUCUUUUGUUAACAGUAUCUCUUUUAUUUUGAAAUUUUGGUCUCUGUCGGUAUUCCUACUUAAAGUUGAUGAACAAGAGUUAAAUUGGUCA